GGAGGUUAGGUCUCCGUUUCAUUUCGGAAGAGCUUUAUUCCAUGUGUACUAUAGAGAAAACCCGAUCAAAAAUGACCCAAUUGUUCACGAGAUAUUUAUAGUUAAACAUCCCCAUUCUCACCUGUGCUAUCGAUCGAUAAAUCUUACAGUGGAACUUCCGGUGUAAAUGCAAUCUGAAUCAGUGACGUCACACGUGUGUUUAUCUACUCCACAUGUGUUACCGACAUGGCCAAGAGUGACAAUUUUCCCAACGAAAUCGAAGGGUUUGAUGACGAUGCAUCAUUAGAUUUAUCCUGCGGAUCGUCUAGUUUUUAUGAGGACGAGUUUGAGAACGAUGAGGCAAGACUGAAUGAUAUUCGGCCUUUUCGCUUCGAACCAUACGAUUCAAGUGCAUCGGGGUCUGAUAAUGGUGACGAAGAAAAUGAGAACAGUGAAUCUGAACGCUUGGGAAAUACUGACUGGUGCAGCUGUGGAAAUUGUUGUCCAAUGCCAACAACAACAGAAUGUGUUUGCUGUCAAGAAAUUGAAAAAGUGAAAUAUCUCUUCAGCAAUGAAUAUGAUGAAGGAGGUACAUGCAUUAAAUGCAUAACUGAGCAGCCGGGAUUUAGUCCUGCAUGCCUAAAUGUCUAUGUUCUGCAGAUUGCCUAUCUCCAAUAUAAACAGCAAUACAGAGAAGAAAUUCCAGAUACUUCUGAGAUGUUCAGAUAUGUUGCUUACAGACAACUAGCACGGUGGGCUUGGGGCUAUUUGGGACAGAAAGUGAGAGUAGUGUUACCUUCCUGUGCUGUGAACUGCAUAAGAAACACUUUUCCUAGUGACUCUGGAUCUUAUACAGGAUUCAAACCUCAAUAAUUAUGUGUGUAAAUAGCUUUUACACUAGAUUAUGUCUUUAACAUAUGAAUAAAAUGUCUAUGUCAGAUAUA